GGGCUUGACCUCUCUCCGUGUGAUGGCUCAGAACCACAUGGACAUACUGAUGCCUAAACUCCAUGAUAUCUGCCUUGCCAUUAUAAAUGAGGUGAAGAACCUGCGCUCUGCAGUGUCCUGUGCUGCCAUGGCCACACUGGGUGACAUGUACGUCCACCUCCAGAGGGCCAUGGAUUGUGAGGUGGAGGGGACGGCACGCGUGCUGCUGCACAAAGCCAGCGAGGCCAACGCCUUCAUCCGGCAGGGCGCCAACUUUGCCCUGGGUCACAUGGUGCAGAGCUGCACCCCUACCCGUGUCAUGAAUGCCCUGCUGGUCGGUGGGCUGAGGUAAAGAGGGAGAGGGGUCAAUUAACACUCACUAAGGGGUAGAUCCGGACUUCCACAAAUUGUCCCAUUAUCCAAACCUAUAUAAAAUAUAUU